GUUUGUCAUUCAAAAUACAGGAGACGAAAAACCUGUAACGACUCAGCAAAGUUCUCAAAAGCGCACAGUUCACUUGAAAACCUUUAGAACUCGUAAGAAACAGAGAAAGAAUGGCCUCCAAACCUGGUUUAGCUCCGACCACUUAUUCUCCGACUCCGCCGCUGAAAUCCCGGCCUCCCAUUUUUAAAGAUUCCGAUGUUGAUUGGGUCCGUCCCGACGGCCGCGGCUUCCACCAGUGUCGACCCGCUUUUUUCAGAACUGGUGCUGUGAACGCUGCUGCAGGAUCAGCUUAUGCUGAGUUUGGAAAUACAAAGGUUAUUGUGUCUGUAUUUGGGCCCAGAGAAAGUAAGAAAGCAAUGAUGUAUAGUGACGUAGGCCGGUUGAAUUGUAAUGUGAGCUAUACAACUUUUGCUAGCCCAAUCCGUGGAGAGGGAUCAGACCAUAAAGAAUUUUCUUCAGUACUUCAUAAAGCUUUGGAAGGUGCAAUAAUGUUGGAAACUUUCCCCAAGACAACUGUAGAUGUUUUUGCUUUGGUGUUGGAAUCUGGUGGCAGUGAUAUUCCUGUUGUAAUAUCUUGUGCAAGCCUUGCCUUGGCUGAUGCAGGGAUUAUGAUGUAUGAUCUUGUUGCGGGAGUUUCAGUGUCCUGUCUUGGUACAAACCUCAUCAUUGAUCCGAUUUUGGAAGAGGAAAGCUGUCAGGAUGGAAGCUUUAUGAUUACUUGUAUGCCUUCCCGGUAUGAGGUCACUCAGCUUACUGUUACAGGGGAAUGGUCUGCUGCAAAGAUGAAUGAGGCAAUGCAGCUUUGCCUUGAUGCUUGCUCGAAGCUUGCAACAAUAAUGAGAUCGUGUUUGAAAGAGGCUGCUUCAUCCUCACAAGAUUAGAAAGAAACCAUGAAUAGCAAUUUUGCCAAUCUAUUGUAGGAUUUUUCAGAUUGGAAUUUGCCCAAGUUUCACUUAACCAUCACAUUAAAAUUUUCCUGGCUUUCUCCUUGCUGCUUGUGUAUUUUUGCAGCCCAUUUGUUCUUUAAGUUAAUUAUUCAUGGAUAAAUUUUGGGUUCAGAUUUCCAUUCAGCAUUUCUCUGUUAAAUGCUUAUGUAGGAAUUUAGCAACUUCUUAUUAGUUGAAGUACAUACGCUGUAAAUGAUUACAGUUCGUUUAGUAUUAAUUUGUUUUCAGUUCAGAC